CGAUUGGCGCUGAGAAAACAAAAAGAAAAAAGAGCGUAACAGUGAAGGGAAACACAAGAGUACUGUUGACCAUAAAAAUCACACUUAUAGCCCAGGCAGCUUCAGUAAGAGCCCAUCCCUGACAUGCAAAAUUGAAUGGGAAAAAAUUUAGAGCUGAAGAUUUGUCUCUCCCGCCCUGGCAAGCACUAUCAUCCGGGCGAAGUAGUGACCGGUGAAUGUGUUUUGAAUCUAAGUGAUUACAUGAAACUUCGCUGCCUUAGCAUUGAGUUUCAGGGUGAGUCUUGGACAUGUUGGGAGGAAAUAGAUGUUUACACCACAACGCACAAAAAUGCAGAGAUCUACUUCCAUAAGAAAACCACACUAUUUGGAAACUCGGAGAAAAAGAGAAAUCAGACGUCCUCUCUUCCUCCUGGCCAUCAUGCCUUCCAGUUUAGCUUCAAAAUACCUCCAUACAGUCUCCCAUCGUCCUUUGAAAGUAAACAUGGUUACGUCAGAUACUGGCUGAAGGCGCGGAUACACAGGCCCUGGAGAUUCGACGAGGUUACUAAGGAGUUGGUCAAAAUUUUGAGCUUGAUUGAUGUUAAUUGUCCUCGCGUCUUGUUGCCAACUUUUGGCGAGGCUCAGAAAUCACUGAACUGCUUAUACAAUGGAAUGGCCUCCCCACUGAAGCUGUUGGCGUUUACAGACCGCAGUGCGUAUUGUCCACGUGAACGUAUGAUACUGACAACUGAUAUCAAGAAUCUGCCGCUGACACAAACAUACCAAACAACAAUAUUCCUUGUGCAGACUAUCUCUUUUAAGUCUCGCUGUGGAAAAUCAAGGACUGAUCGUUGCCAGCGAAAGAUGGUCCAGCGCUCUUCCCUCUCGUGGGCGGUUGACGAGUUGGAAGUCCCGGAUGUCCCGCCGACCAUGAGGAGUUGCGGGAUUCUAUCCAUUACGUAUCAUGUUAAGGUAAUGUUAUCAACACGUGAAUGUGAAGGUGAAUCUCACUUAGAAGUCGAACUGCCUGUUAUUAUCGGAACAAUUCCUCUUCGACGGUCAUACGGAAUGGUUAAUAAGCUGAUUCCAGCUACUAGAUUAACCAGGAAUUACAGUGGAGAAUGUAAGACGUUUGUAACCAUCAAGAGGGGUAAGAUGCUUUGCCUCCCGGCUUUUGUUACUGUCACUUAUAUACUAGUCAUACAAUGUCUGAAAAGACGUUGUGCCAGAAAUGGACCUUGGUAUCAAUGAAUAUUUUAUGCCAAGUCGUUGACCACUGCUGUGUUACGUCCUAUAUGUGGAUCACAAACAUGGUGCUUUUUUUGUUCCUCGUUAUAAGACAAUGAUUUUUUGUUGAUAGUAACGUAUUCACAGUAAAUUUACGGCUCUUUUACGUGCGAGGAGCUUUACAGCAAUCCGAUAUUUAAGUGCCAAUCCGCAAGUUCUCACUCAUUUUUAACAUCUCGCCAAGUUAUGCAAGGCAAUGUUAUUCUAUUAGAGAAGCGUAAAUUUGAGAGAUGAGAAACCUGUUUCACGAGACAGCUUAAUGAGCUUCUGAUUAUUUCUUAGUUACUUUGGAAAGUGGAAUCCAUUCUAACACAGCCAUAACGACUUGAUAGAAGAAAGCUGUCAAGACGCCGAAAGAGGAUGAGGAAGAAGUCAGCUGAACGAAACAAGUCUAAAUACACAAGAUAUAACUAAAAUACCAAGCCAAAGUUGGCCAGCACAAAGAGUUAAUUGGCCAUAAACGCAAGUAAAAGCUCGUGAAAAGAUAAUUUUUUAAGGCAACGGUUAAUUUGAUUACUAACAAAGCUUCUCAGAGGUGUAAAAAAAUGGUAGUUUUACGAAACUGGAAUACCAGAGUAUACUUAAUAAAAAACUAAUAAAAGCAGCCUCUUGUCACUUCCGCGGUGUAUUACCUGAUGUCUGUGCGCGAUCAUUAUUGACGUGAGGCUAUUUUACCAAUCUAUCGCUCUCUAAAAUCGUUU